AUGGCAUUUUUUCUAAUAAAAGUGACAUUUCGAGAUGUUCGUCUUAUAGACGAAGCUUAUAAUAAUAAUUAUGAUAUGGCUUGUGUUCAAAAAAAUUUUGAUGAUAAUGCUUUUAUUAGAAUGGAAAGAGAAUCUUCACUUCUUUUUUAUAUUCAAUCAUUUUUAUUUCUCAUGGGUUUAGAUGCGGUAAUACGUCAGUAUAUGCCUCAAAUUAAACUUGUUGCGUUCAUGAGUAUUCUUAUUGCUCUUUUCGGAUUUACCCAAAUCGCAGAAACCAAAAUUAAAACCGAUCAAUUUAAUAAUAAAUGUGGACAAAGUCAACCACUCGAUCCCAGUUAUUUCACCAAUGAUGUUCCAAAUAUUAUCAUGACUUCUUCAUUAGUUUGUUUUUUGGUAUAUCUUACAUUCAAGAUGAAUAAAGAAUUUGGAGGACUUAUUUAUAAGAAAAUUGGAACUGAUAAGAAAAUGCAAAAAAUGUUUAAAACACGGCUUUCGUUCAUUAUGUUAUAUAAAGCCAAUGGGUUCUUUAUUCUCUUUUUGUUCGUUCCUACUUUGGCAUUGGUUAUAUCAUGUAUUCGUAAUUUCGAUAAAUAUGGUAAAAUUACUUUAGCAUUUUCAGUAUUACAUGUAAUUUUUUCGGGAGUUGCUUUGAGAGUAUUGUUUCUUGCUGGUAGAUCGGUUAAAAAAGAAAACACUGUAAGAUUACAACAAUUUAUUAGAACUUGGGGAUUUGUUUCAAUUGAUUGGAUCAUAUUGUUUGCGGUUUGCUAUAUGCGUGGUGUUAUUGGACCUUUCUUUAUAACAUUCUUUGGAAUGAGAGAAUACGUUGGACAAGAAAUGUAUAAUCGAAAAUUACAAUCGUUUGUACCAGUUAUAAAAGUAUAUGACAAUGAACAUAUUCCAUCUUCAUUAGAAAAACCUGCGCCGGUAGCCAUUAUUGAUAGAAGUAAUGAUUUUAAUGAUACCAAAGAAUUUAAGAAUCAAGAUUCUUAUAUUGAUAAUGCAUAA